UAGGAGGAUCUCUGGCUCGCGGGCAGAAGGGUUGGCCCUGGCGGUUGGGUGGAGGAAGGGAGCAAGGAGGUAUUUCCUGGGACAGGGGGCGGAGACUAGACGAUCAGAGGCACCCCCAGUACUCAAGUUCUUUGAGCUUCUGCAGACACUCGGCAGCCUUCAGUCCUCCUGCUGUGAUCACCACCUGCGUUCCCCACCUGCCUUCACCUGCAGCCAGCACCUGCGCCCAGCAAUGACGGAGAAGGCGCCCUUCGACACGGAUAUCGUCACCCUGACCCGCUUCGUCCUGGAGGAGGGCAGGAAGGCUAAGGGCACUGGCGAGAUGACCCAGCUGCUGAACUCGCUCUGCACCGCGGUCAAAGCCAUCUCGUCCGCGGUGCGCAAGGCGGGCAUCGCACAGCUCUAUGGCAUCGCUGGUUCAACCAAUGUGACUGGAGAUCAAGUGAAGAAGCUCGACAUCCUGUCCAAUGACCUGGUUAUCAAUAUGCUGAAGUCGUCCUAUUCUACCUGUGUUCUUGUGUCUGAAGAAGACACCAAUGCCAUUAUAGUAGAGCCUGAGAAGAGGGGCAAAUAUAUUGUCUGUUUUGAUCCCCUUGAUGGCUCAUCCAACAUCGAUUGCCUUGUUUCCAUCGGAACAAUUUUUGGCAUAUACAAAAAGAAAACUUCCAGUGAGCCUUCUGAGGCAUAUGCUCUGCAGCCAGGCCGGGACCUGGUGGCAGCUGGCUAUGCACUCUAUGGCAGUGCCACCAUGUUGGUCCUUGCCAUAGAGAGUGGUGUCAACUGCUUCAUGCUGGAUCCGGCCAUUGGAGAAUUCAUCCUGGUGGACAGAGAUGUGAAGAUUAAGAAGAAAGGUAACAUCUACAGCAUUAAUGAGGGCUAUGCCAAGGACUUUGACCCUGCCAUCACUGAGUAUAUCCAGAGGAAAAAGUUUCCUCCAGAUAAUUCAGCUCCCUAUGGUGCCCGGUAUGUGGGGUCCAUGGUGGCUGAUGUUCACCGCACUCUGGUAUAUGGAGGGAUCUUUAUAUACCCUGCCAACAAAAGAAGCCCCAGUGGAAAGCUAAGGCUGCUGUAUGAGUGUAAUCCCAUGGCUUUUAUCAUGGAGAAGGCAGGCGGAGUUGCCACCACAGGGAAGGAAGCCAUAUUAGACAUUAUUCCCACUGACAUCCACCAGAGGGCACCAGUCAUCAUGGGGUCCCCUGAUGAUGUGCAAGAGCUCCUGGAGAUCUACAAGGAGCACGAAGGCAAAUGAAGGCCGGCCUCACCUGUGGCUCAAAGUAGAGCCUUUCAUCUGGACCUGUGACUCACGUGGCACUACUCUGUUCCUAGACAGCAAACCUAACAGUGUGGAUAGUUUCACAGUUCGAUGCUUUGCAAUGCCCAAGACUGCUUUAUCCACAUGUUGUAACACCACUACAACAGGUACUACAUCUGUUAAGCAGGUGAAGGAGAAAUAAAUGCCAUCUUCCUUUA